AUGUCGGCAAAGAUUGCGCGCCGUCUUUCAAGCUUGGAACCUCUGACUUCUCUGGAGUUAUCACAGACGGUCGUUAAGGCACGAGUAUGUUUAAGAGUAUCUUCAGAUCAGAGAUGGGAGAUCUGUUCAAGGCGUGCAGCAGACCUCGCCUCUUGGGCUCCCGAGACCCUCUCGGUCUUGCAGGGAUACUCACCUUUCCUUGAACACGAGUCGAGAGUACAUACCCAAGCUUUGGCUGAACCCAGCAUCGCCUUACCCAUCAGCCCCGUUCAACCACCAGCCAAUGCGCACCUUCCUGAAGCUGCUCAUGCUGCAGAACCAUCCAUUUCCCUGAUAGACUUCGAGACGGCCGUUAGAUCAGGGAUCGAUGACUGGGGUGGCGCGUGUUUCAUUUCAGAACAUCGAUUCCGCUGCAUCUCGAUUGAGUGUGUCCUCCGCAUACUCCUCGCGAGCGCUAGAAGCUUACCAGGGAAACCCGGAGAAUACGUCAAUAAGCUUCUCAUUCUUUUCGAGCUCUGGGUAGCCAUGGAUAAGAUCGUUAUCAAACAACUCCCACUCCUAGCAAACUAUCCCCCUGAAGUCCCAUCGACUCUUUGGGAGAAUCUCCUGAUCCGAAAAUUUUCAGCCUUGAUCGUCUGAAGGAGCGCUGCGCGCCUACUUGGAAACGCGUCAUUGCCAGGCGUCCCAACCGUUUGUCAGUGUUCUCGUCCACCAACGACAACAAGUCAUUCGCAG